AUGGAGCCUCCAGCUGGUAGUAGCGGUCGUCGGCGCCGUACCGAGUAUGGCAAGCGUUCCAAGCAAGGCUGCCGUACCUGCAUUAGCAAGAAAGUCAAGUGCGACGAGUGUCACCCUCGAUGUGGACGCUGCAUUCGUCUCGAUUUGUGCUGUGAAUGGGCAGGAAUUGAAUCGCCGCUCGCCGUCAGAAGACGGGGCCAUGGCCCCAUCAAAGAUCGAGACAACUGGCAGCCGGCGAUAAUCUCACCAAAGCCCCAAACAUCCGUGGAUCAGCAACAGCACAGUCAAGAUGGUCGUGCCAUGUCAGUCAAUCUACCUGACAGUCACAACACUCUCGUGCCCGUAUCCGGGAGGACUGAAACACCUUCGUCCGAGAGCUUGAUGCCGUGUGAAUUGCCAAACCUCUUAGCUGCUCAGGGUGCUGGAUCUGAGCAGACAGUACGAUCGUCCACUUAUGCAAAUCGCGACGAUGACUUAAUUUCUGGAAAUAGCUUUGUGGUUGAAAGACGAUCGGCAUUAAGUUUGCGGCAGAAUUCCCUGCCGCAGUUGCCUUCUUCUACCUGUCUACACCCAUCCCUUCAGCCACCCAUGUUCACCUUCAGCCGAGUACCAGCCAUGAUCGAAAGCAGCGACGUGCAAGCUGUGGCCUUCCACCGGGGAGUCUUUGCUCCAUUGAAAUCAACACGAGCAUCGGCCGAGUCUGCGCACUCCAUCUUCCUUGACCAUGCCAUUCAAAACGACAUGGCCUUGCACUUUCUUCUUGCGGUUUCGCACAGCGAACUUGCCAUUUAUCGUGGCGAAUGCGUUCGGGCACCGCCAGAGUCGUGGUUACAUUUCCGUCACGGGUCACAACUUCUAUCCAACCACCGAAACGAACUUGCAAGACCCAACCAUGUCGCCACCUUGCUAUCAUUUCUCUACAUGUACAUAUUUUGGAUGCGCAGAGGGCCUUUUGAUAAGUCAAUGCUGCGAGAGCUUAGCCGAUCAGUUCUGCUCCACGUCAAGACCUACAAUCUGGACAACCUUUGUGCCGCUAGCACCCGGAUCGGAUCAGACGCCACUUCGAUGCCAGAUAACGUUGUGAUCUCGCGUAUCUUGACUUAUCUCUACGACCGAGAUGGAUUCUGCUACUUUUUUGGCUGCGGUGGCGCAUUUGCUAGUUAUGUUAGUGAUAACCACGAGAAACGCAGCCGAAUUUGGCGGCUCUCCCAGAUGGGGUAUCCAUGGUCUACGGAUCCCGGACCAGCGGCGUCUAGCACCACUCACGGUGCUUGUUUCGAGGAUGGCAGGAUUACAGAGGUGUAUUUCCAGCUAAUUGCGAUCCAUCACGACAUCAACCGCUAUAGUCAAGCUCGCGAGGCCUCUGGGCUGGAAAUAAAGAUACGAAUCCAUCUAGAGCAUUUGGAAAAGGAACAGAGGAGCUUAUUCAAGAUGGUUGACGAAUGCGAAAGACGUGCUUCGACGCCGUGUCUGAUGGCUCUUGUCACUGUGUCAUUUUACCAUGCACUUGUUAUAUAUUUGCACCGCGGCCGAGAGUCUCCAUUCAGUGGGCGCCCAGUACCAAACGGCAUACAAUUGGCUUUGGGUAAACUAGUUUCAACGGCAUAUUACACCGUGGCAAGUGGUCCCGUUCAGCUGUUGGAGCGUUUUCAGUGGGCACUCUUGAUAGCUGGGAUAGAGACGAACGAUCCAGUACACCGAGACUGGGUACGCGGGAAUAUAGCCGACCCAAGCAUGAAGAGCACUCUAGAGACGAUCUUGGACGCACAGCAAACACGCCCUGUCUCAAUGCGGGAGAUCCGACAGCUUGUAUCCGGGGUAAAUGUCUCCACAUAG